AAAAAACUUUUCUUAUGGUGGAGAGACGUGUGUUUGAUUAGUGGAUAAUAAUCAUAAUUUUGCAGCAAGAUUUUGUGCCUUGAGUGGUUUAUUUUAUGUGCAUUUGCCUCGACGUUAUUGCUACACCAAGAAAAGCAGUUUUUCGCAAAGGAAAAAGCAAUAUACUAGUAAAUAACCGCAGAAUGCGACGCAAAACUGCCGCGAAAACAUCUCCGGAUAAGACAUCUCGGCGUACGUCCAGACGUGGCCGAAAAUCGCCUAGUGUAAACUCCGAUCGAGAGGAGGAUCAUGAUAAAGAGCUGGAAGCUGAGGCAGCCGAACAAGCAGAGUCUGAUGAGAGUGGUUCUGAACAAGAGGAAACCCAGAGAAAAGGUAAAGUACGCAGAAAUACCCGAGCAAAGUCGUCUGAAGAGAGGUCGCUCGUAAAACCAAGGAGGAAUCCUCGUCGUAAGUCACAAUCAGUGGAACCUUCUGAUCAAGAUGAAAGUGAAAAGGAAGAGAAUGGUGAGCAAGGAAAAAUUAUUGAAACGGAUGUGAUGGAAACAAUUCCGGAGGAAAAACCGGAAGAAAUUCCUGAGACUAGUGAAGUAUCUGAAUAUAAGGAGAAUGUUCAUGUUGAAAUUGAUGCUCUUUUGGAACCAGAGCCGGAAGAAAAUAACGCUCAGGUAGAGGUAACAGAAUCAUCAUCAGAACAACACAACGGAGACAAUGCAGAACCAGACCAAUCUGAACCUGUGGAGAACGUCAGAACAGAUGUGUGUGAACAGUCCCGAGAGUCGGGUGAAGUGGAUUCAGAGAGUGUGCAGGAAGAAGAAAGCCAACAUAUGUCGCUUAAACAAGAAGAGAUCACCAAAGAAGCUUCCCCUGUGAAAGAAGUUUCAGAGGAUGAUUCCUCGUCGCAAGAAAGUCCGCCUCAAAUACCACCACCGAAACCUGCGCGAAAGUCUCGCUUUAGCUCUCGCUCUAAAUCACCUGAAAUAAUAAAUACGAUUGUUCAAAUGCCAGCUAAACAAGAUGAUGACAAAAAUGAUGAAGAACUUGAAGCAGGAGAAAUUAAAGACGAUCCGGUUCUUGUGCGCAGCCCGGAAAAGAAAUUAACUGAUGAUAAACCAGUUCGUAAGCCAUUGCAACGGAAACGGCGCUGGCUGUCUUCUAAAACUGAUGCAAAGUCUUCGGUGAUAACCAUAUCCACCGAUUCGCUGAAAAAUAUUAUUUCCGAACCGGUACAACCGGUUCCACUUGCAGAUAUAAAGCUAGAAUCUUCACCAGAACCGGAGGAGAUCGUUGACAGUAAUGAAGACCAACCGACUGCGGAACGUCGCCAUUCUAGGGACAAAUUAUCCUCAAAACCACCCGAGAAGGAAAACAUUGAGCAGGACGUCGAAGUAGAGCACAAACCAAAGUUGGCGGACAAGAAUAUCAUUACACGUAAGAUAAGCAUGGUCAGCGAUAAAGGGAACAACUUGGUCACUAGACCGCCCAGCCCGGCUCGUCACCAUUCCAGUAACAUUCUCUACAUAACGAACCUGGUGCGGCCAUUUACUGUGCUACAGUUGAAAGGUUUGCUGGCUAGGACGGGGAAAAUCGUAGAGAACGGAUUUUGGAUUGAUAAAAUUAAAUCCAAGUGCUUUGUGAAAUACGAGACUGAGGACGAAGCGGUUGAAACGCGUCAUGCCCUGCACGGUGUUCGGUGGCCUACGUCGAACCCGAAAUGUCUGAAUGUUGACUUUGGUACCGAGUCCGCCAUGGAAAAGGCCAUUAUUUCAACGUUGGACGACGCUGGAACAACGAGAAUAACGAUCGACAACUCCAAGGAAGCGAGAGAGUUUGGUUGGAGCCGCGAUUCAAUGAAGCAGAAUGAGGAUUUGCACGUUACGAGACCAGUGCGGGAAUGGGAUCUUGGCAAAAAGGAUACCUUUGAUCACGAUCGCAUCGAAGGAGAUAGGAGUGGCCGCGACAAGGAUAGGGAUCGAGACCGGGAACGUGAUCGCGACCGUGACCUGGAUAGGGAGCGGGAUCGCAGUGGUCGCAACGAGGGACGCGGAGAUCGCAGCGCACCAGGCGGGAGGAGGCGUUCGACAGAACGGGACUACGGAAGGGACCGGAACCGGGAUCGAAGGCGAAACAGCACCAGCUUAUCGCCUGCGAGAAAAUUCAAGAAGAAGGAGAACGAGCCCCCCAUCAGAUUGUUGGACGAUCUUUUCAGGAAGACAAAGACGAUACCAUGUAUCUAUUGGUUACCGUUGACUGCUGAGCAGAUUGCCGUAAAGGAAGAACAACGUCGCAAAAACUUGAUUGAAACACAACGGCGUCAGGAAGAGGCGCGUAAGCAGGAGGAAGAACGUCGUAAAGAGCGCGAGCGUCGUGACCGUGAGCGCCGUGAACGUAUUCGCUCGAACUCGCGGGAUCGUCGUCGUCGCUCGCGAACCCGUGACGAUGCGCGACGACGUCACCGAUAAGCGGUUUCGAGAGCCUAUAAGAAGAACGAAACAAAAGACAGAGAUAGCAAACGGAUCCACGGACGCCGCUAGCACGCGUAGCAAGGGAUUUUCAGUGAAAUUGAGAGUCCACUUUCCAGGAGAACCCGUUUUCGUGUACUCGGCGACGAAUCCAAAUAGGGUCUGUGCGCAAUGUUAUUGUUUCUUUUUAUCAUUAACUCUCAUCCAGAUUUUAGUUUUUCCCUGGUUCUUGUUUCUAUCAUUUUUUUGUUUUCGUUCUUUUUCCUAAUUUUACAGUCAAUGUAUAUUGUUUCAAUCGUUCCAAUUGAUUGUGGCAAUUUAUUUACUUUCGCGUCAUUUUAGACUCGCCAAAGUAUAAUUUAACAACAGUUUGUUUUGCUUUCAGUUUCUCACUAAACUAUAUAGUGGUAAAAAUCAUUCACUAGCAAAACAUUGUUUCGUUUUCGAAAACAAAACAGUAUUUGCUAAUAUUCGUCGUUUAAACUGUUCUAUUACAAUAUACUAACAUUUUCCUACAAGUUAAGCAACAGUUCACAAUUUACUACAAUAUUAGAAGUACAUAGAUAGGAGUAUAAACAGCUUGCGCAAUAAUAAUGAUUAGUCCAGCAGUUGAUCCCAACUCUACAGGAUUUCGAGUUAUCAGUGGGGAAGGAAAGCAGUUACAUAAAAAGAGACAGAAAAGAAACGUUAUUCACACUGAGCGACGAAUGUUACAACCACAGAUCAAUAAGCAACCUUCUCUUCUAUGUA